AUGCGCUUCCAGGCUCUCGGCCGUGCCUGUGCCGAUGCGGACAUCGACACUCUUCUUUUGGCCCACCAUGCCGACGAUCAAGCAGAGACCGUACUAUCAAGGAUACAUAGCGGAUACACGGGAACUGGUCUGAAGGGCAUUCAACCCAAGAUGCCUAUUGGAGAAUGUGACGGAAUUCAUAAAGCGUCCAAAUCUGGUACCAUCCGACACUUGGACAAUAUCAGGAACUUGACAUCCGCCUACGUUGAAUCUGGUGGAGUUGUGGUACAUCGACCGCUCCUCAAAUUCACCAAGUCAGAGCUCGUUGCAACUUGCUUAGCGAAUAAUGUAAAAUGGCACGAAGACGCGACAAACGCCGACAAGACUCUGACUCCACGCAAUGCAAUCAGACAAAUGCUCCAGUCCAAUGCUAUGCCAUCUGCCUUGAGUUCUGACCAAUUGAGGAAACUGGCUGCAAACAAGUGGAGCAAUCUUGCAUCGUAUGAGAAAACAGCUGCAAUCUACUUCAACCUUUGUCAAACUGAACUGGAUCCAAAGAACAGCUCUGUUUCGUUCGAGGUUCACCCAGGCAUUGAGGAACGGCUGGCCCGCGACGAAGAUUCUCAGCUCGUGGCGGCAAUACUUAUGCGUAGGUUCUUUUCUCUUGUGGAAGAUCAGAGUAAACUUGCAUUGCGAGAUCUUGAUUCCGCUGUGGGAUUUGUUUUCCCAUCUGUUUUUGGAGAAUGGCGGAGAUCAUCGUAUAGUGUCAAUGUCGGAAAUGUCACUCUCCUCGAGGACCCUUCAAUCCAGGCGAGCAAGACAGAAAAUGACCAAAAGAGAUAUCUAAUCUUCCCACGGCCAGUACGAGCGCCGGAACAGUUUACUCAGACUCUUCUGGAAGUCACAGAACAUAAUCAGAGCACUUCCAAAGAACCCUUGUGGACAGAGACAAAUCUCUUCCACGAGCGAUGGUGGAUAAAGCUAAGAUAUGUACCAGCCAAUGUUCCAGUAGGAACAUCUGUGGUGAUUAGGUUUCUAAGAAAGGGAGAAUCGAUAAAGACAGGCGAUGUAUGGUAUCCAAAACCUGGACUCGCGCUCUUGCCACCAGCAAAACUUCGUCACACAAUCCCUGUGAUUGUAGAGACACACGAAGUCAAGGAUCAAGCUGGAGCCUUGAGUAAAGAAGAGACAAUUCUGGCUUUUCCCAGCAUUGGGCUGACACGUCCUGCUUGCUCAUUGUUCGAAGGUCGCAGAACUAUUAGCAACCCAUGGGAGUACACCUGCGUUUACAAGGAUAUCGACUUCAUCGCAAGCGGAAACCAUACUGUCAAGACUGCAGCGCGGAAGAAGACCAAUCUGCCUUUUGCAAAAUUCGAUGCUCGAAGGAAACAUUCAGACGCCAAGGAGAAGAUGUCGAGCUUGGAGCAUUCGUCUGAGGCACUUCGCCAGCCAGAACGUACCGAACAGAAAUAG